GAGUAGCCUAGUAGUACUACAGUAGUAGGCCUUUGCUACGUCCUCCAUGAUUCUUAACAUAGCCCUUGCGUUGUACUUCUGCUUUGGUGCAAUAUGAGCGCCGAAGUGCCUCACCUUCCUUCUUAUGCAACGUGCUCUCCUGAAAGGGCAGAAAAAUACGCGGAGUUGACCAAGCAGGGCCAAUGGGGUCUUCUAUCUUUCGAAUUGCGUUGGAGGGAUAGAUAUGACUUCCUUGAGAGCAAAGGUUAUACUCUUCGGCCCCGUUUCAAACCUGGCUGGACACCUUCUUGGCUAGGCACCAAUCGUGACCCAGACUUCUGUGAAGACUCCAUCAGUUCACCGAUUUCUAAAAUCGUGGACGCUACAAGAGUAGCGGACGGAUCACAGGUUACGAUCAAGACGGUAUCUCGGCACAAUGAUGAGGUUACCAUCGCCCGCCGUUUAUCCUCCAAAGAGCUGCUGCGAGAUCCAUCCAAUCAUUGCGUUCCCGUAUUGGAUGUAUUUGAUGACCCGUUUGACACCUCCAAAGCUCUGAUGGUGAUGCCAUACUUGCGACCGUUUGAUGAUCCGGAAUUUCGUACAAUCGGUGAGGUUAUGGAUUUCAUUUCUCAAACACUUGAGGGUCUCUGCUUUAUGCAUAAACAGCGCGUCGCACAUCGUGAUUGUGCUCCGGCCAAUAUCAUGAUGGAUGGACGACCUCUCUUUCCCAAAGGACAUCAUCCCGUUCGGCUAGACUAUACCCCCGAUGGUGUAUCCGAUGCACCCUAUUUUUCCCGUCAGGAGAAGUCAGUGAAGUAUUACUUCAUUGACUUUGGUCUUUCGUCAUACUUUGAACCCGAGGAGCCUCUCUUAGUCCUUGGCACCAAGGGCAGGGAUAAAGAACCGCCAGAGCUCUCUGAUACGCAACCAUAUAACCCAUUUCCCCUCGAUAUAUUUAUUCUUGGUAACGUAUAUUUGAAGGAAUUUGUACACAAAUUCUACGGGCUGGAGUUCCUCGAGCCAUUAAUUAUCGCCAUGCUACAACCACAACCGGAACGUCGACCUUCGGCUGAAGCUGCGUCCCAUGUCUUCCACGAGAUUCUUGCUGGUUUGCACGAGUCCACCUUGCGGUGGAGGCUACGCUCGCGUAGAGAAUCCGUGUCAGAACGGGUUGUAUAUGAUACAGUUGCGGUAGCCCGUGAAGGUCUGUAUCGACUAAAACGCUUAGUGGCUUGAUGUCUUCAAAAUCAUACCCUAUCAAUCCCUACUCUUGGCUUUCGUCGUGCUUUCUGUUAUGUCGUCGCAGAAGUACUCCCGACUGUAUUGUACCAACCAUCCAGAAAGCAGGUUCUUCUUGCUCUUCCGUUCCUCCGGGGUGCUAGUCGAACGACAAGAAACUUGGCCUUCGACAGAGCAGCUCAAUUCUCGCAGCACAUUCCGACUGGUCUUCUUUUUGUCAAUGACAGGAGGCUACCAAAUGGUCAUCCACGGCGGCGGAUGACUAUAUGUUCGAUCAAGUCAAGCUCAGUUGCGAGGAAUUGAGCGGCUCUAAUAAUAUGUAGAGCGGUGAUGGAUGUAUAUGGCCUGGUUUGGUACGAGUAUGUUGUCUUCAGGAGACUAAGCGCGAACGCUAGCGUUUGGCAGCUAAGUGAGGUCAAGUACGUCCGAGAAAUACUCAGGCCGCGUGAGACUGCAUGCCAACGACCGCUUCGACUACGACCCGCCUGACUAUUGGAGUACGACAGCUUUUGAGCAGCUCACGCCUUCGCAUUUCGAUACGCAAUUCAUUUCCAAUCAUUUGCCUUUAGAAUACAACUACUGAUACUGGUACAAUGUAAGCUAGACAGGUACAGACCAGUCGCUUAGGCUCUAUAAGAGCUCAUGUCUGAGUAUUUCUCAAAGUCGUUCUAGAAUACGAUGCACAUGGUC